AUGGGCAGGGCACGGCACAUUCGCAUCGACCACCGGCGGGCAGACUUCCCUUCGCGGGCCGCGGCGGACGCCGGCUCCAGGCUGGUGACUGCCUUCCGCCCCUCGCCCUCGACACUGCAUGCCCUUCGUAAUGCACGGAGAUCGCCGCGGGUUGCAAGUGCGGUGCCUGAGAAUUACGAAAACCCUGUGUUCCUCGAUUUCGACACCUGGGUGGAAGAGCAUCAGCGGGAACGCGUGUUCUACGAUGAUGUUCCACCACCGGGAGCAUAUUACGAUGGUGCGUUCACCUAUGGCGAGCCCUGCUGCGAACCGCCCUGGACUUGGCACUUACUGCCGGGCGGGUUGCUUUACCGUUCUUAUCUAGCCGGACCGCUGGAACCUCGUCUGGGUGGCGUUUGGAUCGACGAGCGCGGCGAAGGCUCCUUGUGGGACAUCGCGUUGGGCGGUCGCGUUGGAAUCCUUCGUUAUGGAACCCCGGGCGAUUACGGGGCGAGCGGCUGGCAAAUCGAUGUGGAAGGUGCUGCUUUCCCCCGGUUGGACCUGGAUGAAAACCGGGACAUGGUCUCCACCGACUUUCGCUUUGGUGUUCCGCUUACCUACGCCUCGGGAAAGUGGCAAGCCAAGCUGGCAUACUAUCACUUGAGCUCGCACCUGGGCGAUGAACUACUCGAGCGAGUUCCCACGACCGUUCGCCGAAACUACAGCCGCGAUGCUUUCGUCCUAGGAGCCGGCUACUUCAUCAUCCCGGAGAUUCGCCUGUACGGUGAACUUGGCUACGCUUUUUACAACAGCGGCGGCUCUGAGCCUUGGGAAACGCAAUUCGGCGUUGAAUUUGCCCCAGCAGCCCCGACAGGCAUCUAUGGGGCGCCUUUCGCCGCGGUGAAUGCACAGUUCAGAGAAGAUGAAGAUUGGAACGGCACUUUUGUAGCGCAAGCCGGUUGGGCCAUAAGCGGCGACACCGCGCGGCAUCUCUUUCGACUGGGGGUCCAGUACCUCAACGGUCGUAGUAACCAAAUGCAGUUUCUCGGUACCAACGAACAACAAAUUGGUUUCGGCAUUUGGUACGACUUCUAA